CAGCCUUUGAGCAAAUAGUAAUUCUGACAAAAAAUUAAUUUUGAAAAUUUACUAUAUUUUGCUCUUUAAGAAUGACCACUGAUUAUGAACGUAGUAGAGUAGGUUCUCCAUUCGCUGUCAUCAAUCGACGUUUUCAACAGCUUCCCGGUUUUCAAGGACUUAACAAUAUUGGUCAAACCGGCGAUGCCGAAUCAGCCCGUUUAGAAGGUAAUACAACGCAAUUAGAAAGAGUUUGCAGGGAUGCUGAAAAUAUUGCCGAUGAUGUCAUACAGUUUUUCAUUAAUCCUGGAAAGAAACCACUUAACCGUCAUUGCAAAACGAUGCGAAGGACGGUACAAGAACUUUCGAAACGACACGACAUUUUAUUUAAAACUAUGAUAAAUAGACUCCAAGUGGACGACAUGAAUCUUUUUAUUUCCUUCACAUAUGUAACAGAUGAAAUAUUCGAAGACGGACAAAUUAAUUGGGGUCGUGUUGUAGCUGUUUAUGCGUUCGCCGCAAGACUGGCUUUACAUUUUCAUGACAUUGAAAAACCGGAAAAGUGUAAUCAAAUUGCAUUAUAUACAGGCCGAUACGUUGGUAAAAAACUAGGAAAGUGGAUUAUAGAGUCUGGCGGAUGGGAUAAUUUCUCCGACUUUUUUCCUGAACAAGUCCAAGAGGACAGAUUGUGGAGAGGAUUCGUAUUUGCAGCAUUUGGUCUUGGUGCAUUGGUCAUUGCUACUCAGUGAAACAACUAACAAUUAACUCUAUCUGUGUUCUCUUUAAAGGUAUAUUUUUGUGAAAAACCUGUUUUAGCAUUAUACAAUAAAAUUUUUUUAAAUAACAGCUAA